AAACUGUAAUUUUGCCGUAAGGAGGCUUAGAGUCAAUCCGAGUUUAUGUGUGAUCGAAUUGCUGCACUUACUGUUUGCUUAAAACGUAAUUUGUGACUUUCUCUCAAAGAUACUUCCUUUCUGAUUUCCUUGUGGUGACGUUUGUUUUCAAACUCUGCAGACAGGAUCUAACCGGGCAGUUCGCCAUGCCAAUAGCUGGAGCAGGUUUGGAGUCCCACAAUUGUACGAGGUGGAGAAUUUUUAGUAUAAUCGAGGAAUCGUUUAUCAGGAGUCCAGCAAGUAGAAGUAUGGGAACAGAGUAAGAACUCUUGGAAUUUUUAUACAUUUCGGAUAAAGGUGUAUGUAGUAAGGUGAACUUGAGAUACCUCGAUCAGUAGAAAAAGCGCCCAGCGCAAGGAUCACAGUAGAGGAUUUCAAACUUCGGGCAAACAUGCCGGCGGGAUCUGAAGUACCUUUGUGUGAAGCGGCAGCGGAAGGAAGGGUAUCUGAUGUGGAAGAGUUACUGAAAGCAGGUGCAGAUGUCUGUGAGCACGAUUCAACUGGGAUAUCUCCUCUCAUGCACGCUGCCAAGAAUGGGCACGCGUUGGUUGUGAGCAGGCUGCUUGAAGCAGGAGCUCCUUGGAACGCAGUCGAUAAGGCAGGAAGAUGCGCUGGUGACUAUGCCGCGGAUAAUGCUCAUCAAGAUGCUUUUGAUGUUCUUCUCAAUGCAGGUAUUACAGCUGAGUUGAUUCUUGGUGCCGUGGAGAGACAAAGCAAGAAGAAGGGGGAAGCAACGAAUAAGUCUUACUUAGACGAGCGCGUGGAGUACAGUGAAGACAGGCUUAUGGAUGAAGAAAGCAAGGCUGUUAUGAUGGCGUGGGAAAGUCCUCUCAUGGCAGCUCAUGCCAAAGUGGUGUGUUCAGCUGGCGGUGAUAUUCUGAACGUCGGAUUUGGAAUGGGUAUAGUGGACACAGCUAUCCAAGGCUACGAAAUUACAUCGCACACGAUAAUUGAAGCUCAUCCAGACGUCUACGCUCGCAUGCUUGCUACAGGUUGGGCAGAGAAGCCAAACGUACGAAUAUUAUUCGGGCGUUGGCAAGAUGUCAUUCCUCAGCUGGGCACAUAUGACGGUAUCUUUUUUGACACAUAUGGGGAGUAUUAUGAGGAUUUGAAAGAAUUCAAUGAAUAUUUACCCCAGCUACUAAAAAAGGAGGGUAGAUAUUCAUUUUUCAACGGCAUGUGUGCAGAUAACGGCUUUUUCCAUUUAGUCUAUUGUGAACUCGUUAGGUUAGAACUAGGAAGUCUUGGUAUCACCACUGACUAUAUUCAGUUACCCGUAAAAGAUUGUAUGGAUGAGGAAACGUGGAAAGGCAUCCAACAUAAGUAUUGGCAAUUAGAUACAUAUUCUUUGCCCGUUUGUCAGUUUUCAGAGGAUGAAUCCGAAGAGGAGAAUCAGUAAUGCUGCACUGUAUUACAUAUUUUAUAUCAAAAUCUGAAUUCAGAUUCAGUUUGUUUUGG